AACUACUAGCGCUUUGAAUUCAAUAAUAUAUAACUAAAUCAAAACAAAGUUCUAAGUACAAAUUUGUAUAUAUUUAUUUGAUAAAAAUACUUGAAAUUUAGCUCAUUUCGCCUUUGAGAAGCCGAAAAUGAAUCAAAAAUUUUGACGAGAGCUGACGAAUCCCGCCGUGUUUAAUUAGGAGUGACAGCUUCAUGCAAGUGGACUUGAGCGUUUUGCUUAGCUUUGUCAGUACAAUUGCUAUUAUAUUCUUGAUCAAAUAGGUUUUAGCCCCCGAGGGUAAAAGUGUGCUCAAAGAUAAUAAAUAUAAUAAGUUGGUCGCUAGUGGACUCUUUAACAAGGUAGACACCGUUCCAAAGGCAGAUUCUCAGGACCUCAAAAGUGGGAGACGUUUGAAAGGCUUUUGGUCAAGGAAAGACAAAGAUGUUUUAAAGAUGUACCAACAUGUGGCAUUCGACCGACAAAAACCAACAUAUGCAUGUUAUCAUAUACCAGGACUGUACUUCCAGACGAGUCGUGUCUAACAAUCUACGGAGCUGUUUCGUCAAGUGCUCUCAAGCAAGGACACUGUAUCGAAAGUCUUGGCUCUCAAAACGAAAAACUGAUCGUCUAAAGAAGACGACGACUUGCCAAGGUUGGAGUGGAAUUACAGCCUGCCAUUCUCGUGAAAUAGCGACAGCUAUCGUGUUGACGCUCUUUAAGAGCGGAUUGAUCGAUUUCGCGAGGAGUGAUGCAUCUGGAACGAGUGGUUCUUUGUCUCUUGUCCGUUUUUGUUUACAGUUCUGAAGGAUUUUUUGAUGUGUCCAAGUCCAAGACUAACCUACAGACUUCCAAGAGACUCUCGACUUUCGACAACUUGAAGGACAAUUCCCCACAUGUGUCUAGUAGGUCACAGCGGAGCGUACGCAAGCGAAAAAAAUCCAGUUACAACUUGCGAAAAGUAACAAUUCCUAAUGCUGAGAAACGUCAAGCGCUCUGCCUCGAUGGUUCUGUAGCAGUGUUUUAUUUAAGUCACAAUCCCUUAUCAAAAAACUGGAUAAUUCAGCUUCAAGCAGGAGGCUCCUGUGGCAGUGUUGAAGCCUGUCGAGAGAGAGCUAAAGGUCGUUAUGGGUCAUCCAAAGACUAUGACUUGUAUAUGACAGGGACUUUUUUAUCGUCAGACGAUCCUAAUGAAAAUCCUACUUUUGCUUCUUGGAAUAAAGUUUAUGUUCCUUAUUGCAGUGGUGAUGUAUUUGUGGGCCGCAGACCCAAAUCUACUCAUCCCUAUGGGUUACAGAUGUUGGGCCAUUACAUCAUUAAAGCAGUGAUGGAACAACUAAUGGCUGAUCAUCAUAUCAAUUCUACGGAAAAUACAAUUCUUUUUGGUGGUGCUUCAGCGGGGGGACUGGGAAUGCUUGCUAAUUUAGAUUAUGUACAAAACAUGCUGUCACCAGCAAAGGUCCGCGGGUUCAAUGAUGGCGGCUGGUUCACGCUGUUUCCGAAUUUUGGAGAAGAGCUGGCCCAAGGUACUCCAUACUUUUUUUCUACUCUCGAAGUGAUGUUUAAUCGCUUAUGGGAUGGAUAUGUGGAUGAAUCCUGUAGAAGCGAGAUGCCAAAGCCUGCUGCCUGUUUGUAUGGAGAACUAGUUGUCAAAUAUUUAAGUACACCAAUUUACGUCAUGGUUGCGCAAUGGGAUUCUUACCAAUUGCAGGAACUUGUGCCGUCGAAAUUCCCAACGGUCAGGCUCCCCCCUGAACUCCCAAGUGAAGCAGAAUAUUUAUCAAAAUUUGGAAAUAACACACAUCGGUCCUUAAGGAGGGUGAGUUUUGUUGAAAAUAACUUUUGGGUUUCCUGUGGAAUGAGAAAACUAGGGAAGAUUCGAGUCAGCGGUAUAACAUAAUGGCUCACGUUCGAAUUCCAUUGAACCGCUGGCCUCGCUCGUGUGACUCAUGUAUGCAGAUACAUUGAAGUUUACCGUGUGUCAAAAUAUAAUAUUUUAAAGCUUUAUUUAGUCAGAAGGUGUGUCGCGGGUUGACAGAUCACAUGAUCAAUAUCUCGUAUUAUGCGAAUGACAAAAUCCCCGACUCACUUACGC